AUGGACGAAACCCCCCCACCCGCAUCCCACCACGACGAGAACCAAAACCCCCUCCUCCGCGCCUCCAACCCGCAAGUCUCAAACCUCGAACAAGACGUGUUAGACGAAUAUGCGCGUCUUCUAGGGAAUGUGAACAAGUUGGAAUCAAAACUCUCCGACCUCUCAGGCGACCCCUCCUCGCUCACACUAGACGGCCUCCGUCUGCUCGAGCGCAAAACGGCCACCGUGUGUACGCUGCUCAAGGCGAGCGUUUAUAGUAUUGUGCUGCAGCAGCAGAUCUUUAAUGAGAGUGAGGAGCAGGCGCGUGCGGAUGAGGAGGGAGAACAUCGGGCGGCUGAGGAGGGGGACUUUGGGUAUCAGGAUCAGUAUCGGGAGCAGGAACACGGGGGGUAUUAUGGGGAUGAGGGGGGGGAUGUUACUUUUUCUUGA